CCUAUAUAAAUGCUUCUAGCCCUUAGUUCAUCGGACAGCAUAGCCAGAGUUUCCUCUUCAGAAAGCAGCUGCUUCAGAGAGAAAGAGUACCUAGCAUAUUAGCUGGCUAGAGAUGGCCUUGCACCUGACAUGGGACUUCAUUUUUGGUGUUUUAGCUAACAUCAUCUCCGCCAUGGUUUGCCUUGCUCCUCUUCCAACUUUUUACCAAAUUUUCAAGAAGAAAACAAGUGAAGGAUUCCAGUCCAUUCCAUAUGUGAUUGCACUGUUUAGUGCUAUGCUGUGGUUGUUCUAUGCAAUUUUUGAUGACGAUUCCACGCUUCUCAUCACCAUCAACUCCUUCACAUUCUUCAUGGAGAUUGGCUACAUUACUGUGUACCUUAUCUAUGCCACAAAGAACGACAGGAUGUUCACUACAAAACUUCUCCUCUUCUUCAAUGUUUUUGGGUUCGGAAUUAUCUGCAUCUUAACUCUGUCCCUAACACAUGGCCGAGAGCGUGUUGAUGUUCUUGGAUGGAUUUGUAUGAUAUUUGCUUUAUGCGUGUUUGUUGCACCUAUGUGCAUCGUGAGAAAAGUGAUAAAAACCAAGAGCGUCGAGUUCAUGCCAUUUUCUUUAUCAUUCUUCCUCACCUUGACUGCAGUCAUGUGGUUCUUCUAUGGUUUUCUAAAGAAAGACCUUUAUGUUGCCGUUCCAAAUAUAUUGGGCUUUCUCUUCGGCCUUGCCCAGAUGAUGCUUUAUUUUAUCUACAGGAAGCCCAAGAAAUUACCUGUGCAGGAGCCAAAACUUCGCGAAUUGUCUGGACACAUCGUUGACGUUGCGAAGCUAGGUGCAACCCUCUGCUACGAUAUAAACACAGUUGUGGUUCCACUACCAAAAGAUGAUGUAAAUAAUGUUGAAGAUCAAAAAGUUAAGGAAGAGGCGGAGAAAACCAAGCAGGAUUCAGAUGUGGCUGACAAAGUUUAACCUCGAAAUGGACAUGUUCUUUUUCUUCGGAGAUUAUUCAGUGCGCCUGCCCCUCCUGCACAUGCAACUCUCUCACAUUUAUGUGGGUCCACUCUUCUUCAUUUGUAAAGGGCACACAUAUUUAUGAGUGAAAGAGCAUUACACCACCCGAUGUAUAAAAUAAUUUGCCCUUUUCUUUUACAUGUAACGGUUUGAGUGGUCGUGCCAUGUCCAGUGUAAAGCUACAAGCAUGUCAAAAAUCUUCUUAGAACGCAUGUUAUGUUAAAUUCUAGUUAAUAAAUCAAUAUUUUUCAAACUUAAUAA